AAAAUCCACAGUUUCCAGUACCCAUUGCUAGUGGCGCUCGCAGCACUGUCGCUGAAAUUGUCGCUGAGUUUUUUGCGAAUUUUUUGUGACCGGGAUUUUAUUUAGCGUGAAGAAAAUACAAUUAAAAAGUUUACUUUUGGAUUUUUUUUUUAUCAGCAACGUUACGCAUUUGUGUAUUUGGUACUCCGUAAUCUCAAUUCCUUGUCAAUUGCCACAGUUGUGUUUGUUCUUUCGCAUUUCUCGGACGCGUGUGAAAAAAUCUCCAGCAAAAUGCCAAGUGUCUUUGAUAUUGUGGAGCAAGGUCCACCAAUUGAGGUUUUUGCCCUCACAAAAGCCUUCAAUGAGGAUUCCUAUGACAGAAAAGUCAACCUGGGUGUUGGGGCUUAUCGCACGGACGAAGGGAAGCCAUGGGUGUUGCCAGUGGUGAGGAGAACAGAGUCUCAAAUAGCUAGCAAUGAGGCGCUCAAUCAUGAGUACAUCACAGUGACGGGAAAUGAGCAGUUUACAAAGGCUGCUGUGGAACUUCUACUUGGUGAGGAUUCACCGGCAGUUAAAGAAAAACGUGCCUUCGGAUGUCAGAGUUUAUCUGGCACCGGAGCCUUGCGUCUUGGUGCUGAAUUGCUGGCUCGUGUAAUGCACAGGACAACUUUUUAUGUCUCCAUUCCGACGUGGGAAAAUCACAUGAAAGUCUUCACAUAUGCCGGAUUCACUCAGGCCAAAACGUACAGGUAUUGGGAUCCUGAGAUAAGAGGUAUCAAUUUUGAUGGUAUGAUCGCUGAUCUUGAGGCUGCGCCUGAGGGAUCGGUGAUCAUUUUGCAUGCUUGUGCUCACAAUCCAACUGGAUGUGAUCCAACACAGGAACAGUGGAAGAAGAUUGCAGAUGUGUGCGAGGCGAAAAAGCUCUUCCCAUUUUUCGAUUCUGCAUAUCAAGGAUUUGCCAGUGGCGAUCCCAUUAGGGAUGCCUUUGCUGUCCGCUACUUUGUAUCCCGUGGCUUUGAGAUGCUAUGUGCUCAGAGUUUUGCCAAAAAUUUUGGACUUUAUUCUGAAAGAAUUGGAAAUUUGACAAUUGUUUUCAACAAUCCUGCCAAAAUGCCGGCUGUGGUGUCUCAAGUGUCACUAUUAAUUAGGGGUAUGUUUUCCAAUCCUCCGGCUUAUGGGAGUCGUAUUGUCGGUACGAUUCUCACUGAUCCGAAAUUGCGAGAAGAGUGGAUGACGUGUAUUAAGGCGAUGUCAGCACGUAUUAGGCAGAUGCGAAAGAUGCUCUAUGAUAAUUUGGUUGCACUCAAGACACCGGGAACAUGGAAACAUAUUAUUGAACAAAUUGGUAUGUUCUCCUACACGGGGCUGAAUGAGGCUCAAUCCAAGCGACUUGUCGAAGAGUUUCAUAUCUACCUUCUUAAAUCUGGACGUAUUUCGAUGUGUGGACUCAAUGAGAAGAAUGUGGAGUAUGUGGCCAAAGCGAUUCACACUGUUAUUACCGCACCUAAAUAAGCAUUUGAUGUUUAUUCAAAAAAUUUCUUGGUUUUUGGGGAAUUCUUCUUCCUUUUUAUUUACACACUUCCAAUGGAAUUUUUUUUAGUUUGUUCCUUUACACUUUUUUUAACUCAAAUACGUUUAUCCUUUGUCCUUUUGUUUAAAAAAAAAUGCACAGGCUGAUCCAAAGAAGAAUUUUCAAUCAAGAGGCUUUUUUUAUCUUACGCAGCUUCCAAUUCACAUUUAAUAAUUAUUAUCUACAUUGAUAUAAAAAAUGAAAAUGCUCAAAGCAUUAUAAGAAAUUAUAGUGUCAAAAAAAGAAGAAAAGUUGUAGAAUUUAUUAAACUCAGUGAAAAAGAUAUGGAAAAAAAUCAAUUGUAAAAGAACCAUGUUGAAAAUUUUGUAAGUUUUUUUUUCAAACGUGGAAAAUUCCAAUAAAAGAGCAUUUAUUGUU